GCUAUUGAAAUGAUAAUCAUGUCAAACAAACCAAUGAACGUGUGCUAAUAAGAUGGGGCUGUAGGCAGCUGAGGACAAGGCUGUAGCCCAGGUGAGACGAGGCUGCCUACUUUACACCACCAUUUUCAGCUAAAAAGAUACUACCUCCCUCGAGAACCAUCUCUGUAACUUAUGACCACAUCACAUCGAAUAAAAUGGGCCCUAGAAAGCUUAACUACGACGCCUACACAGUAGGUUGGGUAUGUGUUCAGGACUGCGAGUUGGAUGCCGUACGGGCGUUAUUAGACGAGGAAGACGAACCUUUGGAAGCAGCAUUGAAUGACGACAAUCUCUACAUUCUUGGACGGAUAGGGGAACAUGAUGUUGCGAUCGCAUUUGCAUAUCUAUCUGGUACAUAUGCCGCGGCUCAAGUCGUCACCAAUUUAGUCCGCACAUUCCCAAAUAUUCGGUUUGGAUUGAUGGUAGGCGUGGGUGGAGGGGCGCCAAAUGCACCACAUCCCGACGACCCAGCAAGAUCCAGGGACAUUCGGCUAGGAGAUGUUGUUGUAAGCGAGCCACAUGGAAAUCACGGCGGUGUCCUCAAUUACGAUAAGGGAAAGUGGAAUGGUGAGAAGGAACUGUCGAUCGAAUCUCAUCUGAAUUCCCCGCCGACCGUUUUGCUCAAGGGUAUUAGGCGGCUUCGAGUGGAUCAUCGAUUCCGCAAAGAUACCAUGCGAUCAAAUAUUCAAGCGGCUACUCAAAGGGAUGUCUGACUCGGAAGAUCCGUCAUAUCCGGGUCGUGAUCUUGACCAGGUCUUCAAGGCAGAUUACCAGCAUGUAGAAGGUCGCGACUGCACGAAAUGCGAUCUUGAUCAGACUGUAUAUCGGCUUCCGCGAGCCUCCGAUGAUCCAGUUGUCCACUAUGGUUUAAUUGCAUCUGGGAAUAUGGCCAUAGAGUCUGCGCAGCUCCGGGAUCACCUUUGCCAUUCCUGGGGUGCCUU